GAGGGCAGGGCAGCCCGCGCACUGUGCAGGAGCUGCCGCCACCGCCGCCCGCGCCUCUAAGGUCUCACCGCUUCCUCAGCAGAGACCUGGGCUCGGCCGCCAUGUCCGCCACCGAGGAGGUUGACGGGCUGAGCGUGUUCCGGCCGCACUAUGGCUCCGUCCUGGAUAAGGAGAGACUCACCGCGGAGGAGAUGGACGAGAGGCGGCGGCAGAAUGUGGCUUAUGAAUACCUCUGUCAUUUGGAAGAAGCCAAGAGGUGGAUGGAAGCGUGCCUCGGGGAGGACCUGCCUCCCACCACCGAGCUGGAGGAGGGCCUUCGGAACGGGGUCUACCUCGCCAAACUGGGCAACUUCUUCUCUCCCAAAGUGGUGUCCCUGAAGAAGAUCUACGACCGGGAGCAAACCAGAUACAAGGCGACCGGCCUCCACUUCCGGCACACGGACAACGUGAUCCAGUGGUUGAACGCCAUGGACGAGAUUGGCUUGCCAAAGAUUUUUUACCCAGAAACCACAGAUAUCUACGACCGGAAGAACAUGCCGCGAUGUAUCUACUGUAUCCACGCACUCAGUCUGUACCUGUUCAAACUCGGCCUGGCCCCUCAGAUUCAGGACCUGUACGGAAAGGUGGACUUCACGGAAGAAGAAAUCAACAACAUGAAGAUCGAGCUGGAGAAGUACGGCAUCCAGAUGCCCGCCUUCAGCAAGAUCGGCGGCAUCCUGGCCAACGAGCUCUCCGUGGACGAAGCUGCACUGCACGCCGCCGUGAUCGCAAUUAACGAAGCGGUGGACCGCAGGGUUCCGGCUGACACCUUCACAGCGCUGAAAAACCCCAACGCCAUGCUGGUCAACCUGGAAGAGUCCUUGGCUCCCACCUACCAGGACGUCCUCUACCAGGCCAAGCACGACAAGAUGACUAACGCCAGAAACAGGACAGAAAAUUCGGAGCGAGAGAGGGACGUUUACGAGGAGCUGCUCACUCAAGCUGAAAUUCAAGGCAACGUGAACAAAGUCAACACGUUCUCCGCGUUGGCCAACGUGGACCUGGCUCUGGACCAGGGAGGCGCCCUGGCCCUGUUCCGGAUCCUGCAGUCGCCGGCGCUGGGCCUCCGCGGGCUGCAGCAGCAGAACAGCGAGUGGUACCUGAAGCAGCUGCUGAGUGACAGGCAGCAGAAGAGACAGGCCGGCCAGACGGAUGCCCUGCAGAAGGAGGAGCUCCAGGCUGCAGUGGAUGCCGCCAACAGCGCUGCCCAGCAGUACCAGCGAAGGCUCGCCGCCGUGGCCGCCAUCAACGCUGCCAUCCAGAAGGGCGUGGCCGAGAAGACGGUUCUGGAGCUGAUGAACCCCGAAGCCCAGCUCCCCCAGGUGUACCCCUUUGCUGCCGAUCUGUACCAGAAGGAGCUGGCCACGCUGCAGCAGCAGAGUCCUGAACACAGCCUCACCCACCCUGAGCUCUCCGUGGCCGUGGAGAUGCUGUCGUCCGUGGCGCUCAUCAACAGGGCGCUGGAGUCCGGGGACAUGAGCACGGUGUGGAAGCAGCUGAGCAGCUCGGUGACGGGCCUGACCAACAUCGAAGAGGAGAACUGUCAGAGGUACCUGGACGAGCUGGUGAAGCUGAAGGACCAGGCCCACGCGGAGAAGAACGAGUUCAUCACGUGGAACGACAUCCAGGCCUGCGUGGACCACGUGAACCUGGUGGUGCAGGAGGAGCACGAGAGGAUCUUAGCCAUCGGCCUCAUUAACGAGGCCCUGGAUGAGGGGGAUGCCCAGAAGACCCUGCAGGCCCUGCAGAUCCCUGCAGCCAAGCUGGAGGGCGUCCUGGCGGAGGUGGCCCAGCAUUACCAAGACACGCUGAUCCGAGCAAAGAGGGAGAAAGCCCAGGAAACCCAGGACGAGUCCGCUGUGCUGUGGUUGGAUGAAAUUCAAGGCGGCAUCUGGCAGUCCAACAAGGACACGCAGGAGGCACAGCGGUUCGCCGUGGGCAUCUUUGCCAUCAACGAGGCCGUGCAGAGCGGCGACGUCGGCAGGACGCUGAGCGCCCUCCGCUCCCCAGACGUGAGCCUGUACGGGGUCAUCCCGGAGUGCUGCGACACCUACCAGAGCGACCUCGCCGAGGCCAGGAGGAAGAAGCUGGCGGCAGGCGAUAACAACAGCCAGUGGGUGAAGCACUGGGUGAAAGGCGGAUAUUAUUAUUACCACAACCUGGACACGCAGCAGGGAGGAUGGGACGAGCCCCCAGGCUUCGUGCAGAACUCCACGCAGCUCUCGAGGGAGGAGAUCCAGAGCUCCAUCUCCGGGGUGACCACUGCGUACAACCGCGAGCAGCUCUGGCUGGCCAACGAGGGCCUGAUCACCAAGCUGCAGGCUUGCUGCCGCGGGUACCUCGUCCGACAGGAGUUCCGCUCCCGGAUGAAUUUCCUGAAGAAACAGAUUCCCGCCAUCACCUGCAUCCAGUCGCAGUGGCGAGGGUACAAGCAGAAGAAGGCCUAUCAGGACCGGCUGGCGUACCUGCGCUCCCACAAGGAUGAAGUCGUGAAGAUCCAGUCCCUGGCGAGGAUGCACCAGGCCAGAAAGCGCUACCGGGGCCGCCUGCAGUACUUCCGAGAUCACAUAAAUGACAUCGUCAAAAUCCAGGCUUUCAUUCGGGCCAACAAAGCUCGUGACGACUACAAGACGCUCAUUAACGCCGAGGACCCUCCGAUGAUCGUGGUCCGGAAGUUCGUCCACCUGCUGGACCAGAGCGAUCAGGACUUCCAGGAGGAGCUGGACCUCAUGAAGAUGCGGGAAGAGGUCAUCACCCUCAUCCGCUCCAACCAGCAGCUGGAGAACGACCUCAACCUCAUGGACAUCAAGAUCGGGCUGCUGGUGAAGAACAAGAUCACGCUGCAGGAUGUGGUUUCCCACAGCAAGAAGCUUACCAAAAAGAACAAGGAGCAGUUGUCCGACAUGAUGAUGCUGAACAAACAGAAGGGGGGUCUCAAGGCUCUGAGCAAGGAGAAGAGAGAGAAGCUGGAAGCUUACCAGCACCUGUUUUACUUAUUGCAGACCAACCCCACCUACCUGGCCAAGCUGAUUUUCCAGAUGCCCCAGAACAAGUCUACCAAGUUCAUGGACUCCGUCAUCUUCACCCUCUACAACUACGCCUCUAACCAGCGCGAGGAGUACCUGCUGCUGCGGCUCUUCAAGACUGCGCUCCAGGAGGAGAUCAAGUCGAAAGUGGACCAGAUUCAAGAGAUUGUGACGGGAAACCCGACUGUUAUUAAGAUGGUGGUCAGCUUCAACCGUGGCGCCCGGGGCCAGAACGCCCUGCGGCAGAUCCUGGCCCCGGUCGUGAAGGAGAUCAUGGACGACAAAUCUCUCAACAUCAAGACAGACCCCGUGGAUAUCUACAAGUCGUGGGUCAAUCAGAUGGAGUCUCAGACAGGAGAGGCGAGCAAACUCCCCUACGACGUGACCCCCGAGCAGGCCCUGGCCCACGAGGAGGUCAAGACCCGCCUCGACAGCUCCAUCAGGAACAUGCGGGCCGUGACGGACAAGUUCCUCUGCGCCAUCAUCAGCUCCGUGGACAAAAUCCCCUACGGGAUGCGCUUCAUCGCCAAGGUGCUGAAGGACUCGCUGCACGAGAAGUUCCCCGAUGCCGGUGAGGACGAGCUGCUGAAGAUUAUCGGCAACUUGCUGUACUACCGGUACAUGAACCCGGCCAUCGUCGCUCCGGACGCCUUCGACAUCAUCGACCUGUCGGCGGGAGGCCAGCUCACCACCGACCAGCGCCGCAACCUCGGCUCCAUCGCCAAGAUGCUCCAGCAUGCGGCGUCCAACAAGAUGUUCCUGGGAGACAACGCCCACUUGAGCAUCAUCAACGAGUACCUUUCCCAGUCCUACCAGAAGUUCAGGCGGUUCUUCCAAACGGCCUGCGACGUCCCGGAGCUGCAGGAUAAGUUUAACGUGGACGAGUACUCCGACCUCGUGACGCUCACCAAGCCCGUGAUCUACAUCUCCAUCGGGGAGAUCAUCAACACCCACACGCUCCUGCUGGAUCACCAGGACGCCAUCGCCCCGGAGCACAACGACCCGAUCCACGAGCUGCUGGAUGACCUGGGCGAGGUGCCCACCAUCGAGUCCCUGAUCGGGGAAGGCGCUGGCAGCCUCAACGACCCCAACAAGGAGGCGCUGGCCAAGACGGAAGUGUCCCUCACACUGACCAACAAGUUCGAUGUGCCCGGGGACGAGAACGCGGAGAUGGACGCGAGGACCAUCCUGCUGAACACAAAGCGUUUAAUCGUGGACGUCAUCCGGUUCCAGCCAGGGGAGACCUUGACCGAGAUCCUGGAAACACCAGCCACCAACGAGCAGGAAGCGGAGCACCAGAGGGCCAUGCAGAGACGCGCCAUCCGCGAUGCCAAAACCCCGGACAAAAUGAAAAAGUCCAAGUCCGUCAAGGAGGACAGCAACCUCAGCCUGCAGGAGAAGAAGGACAAGAUCCAGGCGGGCUUGAAGAAGCUCACGGAGCUGGGCACCGUGAACCCCAAGAACCGGUACCAGGAGCUCAUCAACGACAUCGCCAGGGAUAUCCGGAACCAGCGGCGAUACCGGCAGAGGAGGAAGGCCGAGCUGGUGAAGCUGCAGCAGACGUACGCCGCCCUGAACUCCAAGGCCACGUUCUACGGGGAGCAGGUGGAUUACUAUAAGAGCUACAUCAAAACCUGCCUGGACAACCUGGCCAGCAAGGGCAAGGUCUCCAAGAAGCCCAGGGAAAUGAAAGGGAAGAAAAGCAAAAAGAUUUCUCUGAAGUACACGGCAGCGAGAUUACAUGAAAAGGGGGUUCUUCUGGAAAUUGAGGACCUCCAAGUGAAUCAGUUUAAGAAUGUUAUCUUUGAAAUCACUCCAACCGAAGAAGUGGGUGACUUUGAAGUGAAAGCCAAGUUCAUGGGUGUCCAGAUGGAGACGUUCAUGCUGCAUUACCAGGACCUGCUGCAGCUGCAGUACGAGGGCGUGGCCGUCAUGAAGCUGUUUGACCGAGCGAAAGUGAACGUCAACCUCCUCAUCUUCCUCCUCAACAAGAAGUUCUACGGGAAGUAACGGACCCCGGGCUGCCAGCCCCGGAGGAGGAGGGACCGAAGCCCUCCCCCGGCCCCUCCUCGCCGCUGGCAGCGCCCCUCCGCUGGGUGCCCGCCCAGGGCCACCUCGUGCCCCCAGCCCCGGCCGGCCCCGGGCAGCAGCCCUGGUUUUCCCAGUGAGAUCUCAGGCUCAGCCUGACCCCUCCUGCUCCUUCGUUUUCUCCUGUCACUUUGGGGACUUUGCUUAAAAUCUCUCGGUGUGGUUUUGGCCUCAGAGGUUGCAUUGCUAUCUGAUCAGCUUCGGUGUUUUGUCUCGUUCAGCAAUAUUAACGGUGGGAUUUGAAAUCUCGUGAUUUGAAAGGGAACGCUUAUUAGCACCAAAGACAGACACGCACAGACGACACGCAGUGGAAAAGGCCAAGCGAUGCAUCCUAUCAGGUUGUCCUUUAAAAGCGAAGUUCCUUUAUGUUCUUGUCCCGUCCGUCAAGUUGAAGGACGCGGGAGGUGGUUAGUCCUCCUCCAUUCUGUGUCUCAUUAUGGGCUGGAAAUAAUUAAUAAUAAGAGUCACGUGCCUGUGUUCAAGGCAAGCAUUUCCAGAAAGAGGAGAUUUAAAAAAAAUUAUACAAGAAAGAAAGGGGGAGAUAAAAAGAAAAAGGAAUGGGAGAUCAUGCUUUUAAGUUUCGCCAUUAAAAUAAAUUUUGACGGUUCUGUUUGUGUAACUCUCUUGCAGAUGGGAGAGUCCCACGGAUCAAGUGCAGCUAUUUAGGUAGAUUUUUAGGGUGUCCUGAGACGUCCCCUCCUGGGUGAGGUGCCUGCUCGCUUGUUGCAGAAAUGGACGAGAUUUUGGGACAACCAGGUCCCCUCCCUGCCUAUGGCAGAGGGAGAGGUUAGCCCGGCAUAGGAUGUAAUUUUUUCAAGACCCUUUUAUAUCUCAAGAGUGCUUAUUAAAGUGUAGAUUUAUUUCUUCAGAUGUGGGGGGGCAGGAAUUUUAAAGUCUUAUAUAAUGCUUUAAAGUCUUUAGAAUACUCUAUAGAAAGGUGUUUUUUUUUUUGUUGUUGUUUGUUUGUUUUUAAUUGGCUUAUCUGUAUAUCUGAAAUCUUCAAACUUUUCUUAGAGCUAAAACACUAGGAUUUUUUUACCUGCAGGGUCGCAGAGAGAUAAUCCUGUUUUAAAUAGACUGAAAAAAAAAUUAUAACAAGCCAGCCAGCGAUGGCACAGUUGAUAUUCCAAUCUGCUUUUUCCCUCUUCUUUCUCUUUUCUCUUGCUGCCCACACCGCUUUCAUGUCCUGAACUCUUGUUUUCUGGAUGUAGUAAAAAUUCAAUUCUGAACAUUGAAUUUUUUAGGAAGUUUUUAUUAGAGAAAAAGCUACAUACUUUUUUUUU